AUCUGAUUCAUGCAUUUCCAUCAAAAUCUGAAAUAUAAGGAUAUCACCUUAUCUUCUCUGUUGCCACGUGCCUAACCACUCUAUCCAUCAAGAGAAGGCUGGUCAAAGUAAGACUGGUAGGUUGCAUGCUGCGAGUAGAUCAUUCAUUUCAUUUCUUGAUAAAUAUUUAAUCAACUGGCCACCAGAGAUUAAACAAACCCAUCAAUGGCUGACCACAGAGUUUUCACUCUCUCUCAUAUUGCUCAACACAACUCCAAAAAAGACUGCUGGCUUGCCAUCGAUGGCAGAGUACUGAACGUGACAAAGUUCUUGGAAAAUCACCCGGGAGGGGAAGAAGUGUUGAUAGAGUCAGCAGGAAAGGAUGUGACAAAAGAAUUCAAGGACAUUGGACAUAGCAAGGCGGCUCACAACUGGCUACUAAAAUACCAAGUGGGUGUUCUCCAAGGUUAUACUUUUAAGGACACUGCAGAAGCCGAUAUUAAUGGUGAUUCAAGCUGCGAAUCCCAGAAAGAGAGGAUGACCGGUUUCAUGGUUAAGGAUUCUGGUGAGGCCACAUUCGCCGUUACUCUUCAGUUCUUCGUGCCGCUAUUGGUGGCUGCUUCUUACCUCACCUAUAAAUACCUGACGGCAGCCGCCUAGGUGCUUUCUUCUUAGUUCAUGUAAUAAUCCUACUGGCUUCUUUUUUUUCCUUAAUCACUCCGUCAUGUUGUGUCAUGGAAGUUCUAGGAUUCUGAAGUCUAUAAUGUUUGUCUAAUUUCACUUGUGAAAAAACAUGAUCACGGCUAAAAUUAAGAAGUUGGGCUGUAAGGCCUAUAACGAGAUAAGAAUGCAGAUAAUGCUUAUUAACUGAGUUUCAUAUUCCAAUCCUUCAAAAAAGCACACUAUCAACCUAAAAAACCAGCAGCGAAACUGAUGC